AUGGAAAAUACUAAUAUAGAAAACACAGCAACUCAAGUUGAGGUGACUAACGACAAGGAUAAUGAAAAGACUAUGGAAAACGUUGGAGUUCAAACCUAUGAAGAAGUUACUAGCUCUAAAGAUUUUACAAGUUUAGUGAAAGAAUGGAAAUCAGAUGCUUUUAAAACGACAAUUCAGGAGAAAUUAAAUACAAAUGAAAUAUUAAUCAGAAUUAAAGAGGUAACUGAAUUAAUGAACUAUGAGAAUGACAGCUCAGAAAAGUGUUUAAAGAAAUCUAAAGAAGAGUCUGAGGCAAAAAACAAUACUAAUGUUACUGAUGGAGGAUUUCUCAAUUCUAAAACCGAAAAGUUGGAUUGGGAUAAAGUAUAUGCUGUCUCAACUAAUAUUAUCGAUAAUUACACACAAGAAGUUGAUGUAAUAUUAACACAACUAGAUGAGUUGUCAAAAAAACAAUAUCUUUGGCAAGAAUCUGCAUUUAUUAUUGAUGCUCAUAGAGGAGUCAGUAUAUUCAACGAAUCAAAAAAUUGGAUUUCUACUAAGGAGGCAUAUUUAGAUUUAAAGAGGUCCAAACUUGGUUCUUCUGCUGAAAUUAUAAAAGAAACAAUCCAAAAAUUAACAAAUAAAAAGUAA